AUGGAUGGUAUGGUCACUAGGUGUCCUCGAGCAGCAGUGUCUCCGUGUCUCAGUGGUCCGUGUCUGAACGGAGGAGUGUGCCAGGACCUCUGGUCUCACUACAUCUGUCAGUGUACACACCACUACACUGGAACCACCUGUAACACAGAGAUUUCAGAGGAGCAUGUGUUACGGCUGGGCAGUAGCGGCUACAUAGAAUAUGUGGUCAGAGAGAGCUACAGGAGAGAGCAGCAGCUGAGAGACCUGCUGGACAAAGACAGAGGACAGACAGAGACCAGCAGAGAUCUCUCUGAGAUAGAAGUCAAGGUGAAGACUGUGGAGAGAGACGCAGUGUUGCUGUUCGUUUUGGGAAGGGAAGGACACUUUGAGCUCAGGGUGAUGGAUGGAAACCUUCUGUACGUCUCCAGAGACAGAAAGUCAGACGUCCUCUCAGAGAUAGCCUCAGAGACCAGCAUGGCGGACGGGGACUGGCAUGUCCUCCAUCUUUCCACAGUUGGACAGAGCACUGUCCUUCUGAUGGACGGCCAGACAGUCACGAACACUAGCAAUGACGGAGCUCUGGACCUAAGUGCUGUCAAUGUGGAGAAGAUCAUCCUUGGAGCAACUCCACCACCAUCCCGAGACACGAGAAUCAAGCGCCCAGGUUGGAAGAAAUGGUGUAGGAUGAAGUUGCCCUUAGAUGCCGAUCUUCGGGUAUUAGUGUUCAUGUGUCAUGACCUGCAGUGUGAAGAUUUAGGGGCAUGUUUUGGGAUCAGGCAAGUAUGUUUCCUCUGUCUCCCCUCAGUAGGGUUCUCUGGUUGUGUGGAGUAUGUCCGAUACAAUGGCCAUUUCCUGCCAGUCAGCGGCUACAGUCUGAUAGUGGAGGUUUGGCCCAGUUCUACCCUGCUUCAGUCCAGCUGUGAGUCCCCAGGCUCCUGUGUUCCCUCAUGCUCCUGUGUUUCCACCACUUGCCCUGAGGAUGUCCCCACCAACGCCAGACUACCUUGCCUCUCUCUGCCCUGUCCCACUGCUCCAGCCUGCGGUGGCUCGGCUGGCACUAGGAACAGCUCCUGUAUCUGCCUCACGGCUGGCUCCUGUGAGCUCUGCUCCUCCCCUCCACCAGAGGACUUCCAGGGAGGAGCAGGAGUGUGUUCUGAUAAGGAGGCCCUCAGGGGCCCCUCCGCUCCUCUGUGGGUCAUCAGCGUGGUUCUCCCCAUCACCUCCUUCCUCCUGGGCCUGGGUGUGUUCCUCUGCCUGGGGAGACGCAAUGCUAACGCCUGCUGCCACCGGCCACAGAAGCGUCAGGCUGAAAGUGGCUCACCGCAACGUGGAGAGGAAGGGACGGACAACGGAGCGUUUUGUUUUGAAGGCCCGAGGACCACUAGUUCUGUACCUGCGGUGAGAGGGAAGCCACCUGACGGGAUCCGGGCGGACAAACCGAGGGAGGCUGUCCAGGACAGCUACAGUACAGCCAGGCCAGGUGUGGAGGCUGGUGGACACAGUGAGGAGCUGGAAUACUACGAGAUAGACAGUGUCUACAGUGUGUUCCAAUCUGACACUGGCUCUCUAAGGCUCACUGGGUCUCUCCACAACACAGAUUGGGAGAGGACAGAGACUGGAGUGAGGGGAGGAUUGAGGGGAUGUCAGAAGAAAACGCCAGAUUCCCCAAAUCCAGAUGAACGAGAGAGGCCAGUGGAGCUGUGGCAGAGGCCCCUGACACACCUUGACCAAAGAGUCUCCAGAGACGGAGGAUGUGGUAUGGCCAGUGGGCCGCUGAGCCAGGUAGCUGAUGAAGAGCAGCGCUUCCCCGGGAGGUUGGUAGUGCCAGGGCUGAGGGGUCCUCCUCACUGUCUCUCUGUGGAGGAGGUGAGGAAGCUGAACAGCCCUGUGGGUGUUCAGUUACAUCAGCUGGCUCAAUGGCCCAGGCCUGGCAGACCUACCAGAGGGAUAAACAGAGGGAUGGACAGCAACACCCACAGCUCCUUUACCUGCUCAGAGGUCGACUUUGACAGGGACUUUGCUCUACUAAGCGCCCAGGGCUUGUUACAGGAGCGGACACUGAUCACCACCCCCAGAGAACCAGUGGAGAGCCUGCCUGUGCCCCCCUCUCAGGCCCAGUACAGGACUAGGACGGCCGACUCUGGAGAUUCCCUUCAACACUGGGAGCAACUCCUGAACAUGUGUGUGUGUUUCCACACCUACGCCCCAGUGUUUGAGGACAUAGCAGAGCUGCCAAUGGAACAACCACCUGACUGGGACAGGCAAAGCGAUCUGGAGGAGAUCAUAUGACAGGUCAUGAAAAGAAAAUGUACAAGAACUAUGGUAAAGAUUGUUUCAUUGUAAGAGCUCUGCCAGGGAAUGAGUUUGCUUUUAUUCAUGCAGGUGUUUGCAUCGUAAUUGAGGGUAAAGUACAUCCCUGGCAAUGUGUGUUGACAGUAUUGUGGACAGCAGAAUGUACUGUAUGCAGAAUGACUAUAUUUAUAUUGUAAUGCAAUGCUCUCAAACAUCCUAUCCCACCCAUUUAUUUUCACUGACUGUUGCAUUGAAAUAGUCUCAUGUUUUUCUCAUGUCACUCAAAGCUGUGCAUCAUUGUGUUGUUUACCUUCCAUCUGGUUAGUGUUUUGGAUUUAGAUCACUUUUGUCUCACUGCAACAGUGCAGUUGAACGCAGAAACAGUUCAGCACCAGGGCUACUGUUCUUUACAUUGAGGGAGUUUUAUUACGCUGGCCUGGGUUGAACCGGGCAACAGCCCGUCACAUCAUCGGGCGAAAGCUGGGAGCACCCUUCUCAGACCUAACAGCAAUCUGCGCAGCUCGGUCAUGUUGUCAACAAGGCAGCAUGGUGCAUCGUCCAGAAACAUACAUCUCUUUGCCAGAAAAUGAACUAGUUUUAAUUUUGAUAAAGCAUUAAGAAAACAAUCACAUAAUCCUACGCAUCACUCCAUGUGCUUAAUUACGUCACUUUUGUUUUGAGCUGACUUUGCCAUUGGCCAUAGCGGGGUACCUGGCUCAAGCCCGGGGGGCAUUCACUUUUCACCCAAUUCAAACUCCUCCCACCGGGGUAACCCGGGCCAGAUAAACAACCCCCCCCCAGUGUCAAAUGACUAGCUCCACUUUCUAUAGGUACGCCAAUCUGUAGAGCUGACUAGCUCUACUUUCUAUAGGUACGCCAAUCUGUAGAGCUGACUAGCUCUACUUUCUAUAGGUACGCCCAUCUGUAGAGAGCUGACGAGCUCUACUUUCUAUAGGUACGCCAAUCUGUAGAGAGCUGACGAGCUCUACAUUCAAUAGGUACGCCAAUCUGUAGAGAGCCGACUAGCUCUACUUUCUAUAGGUACGCCAAUCUGUAGAGCUGACUAGCUCCACUCUCUAUAGGUAUGCCAAUCUGUAGAGAGCUGACUAGCUCUACUUUCAAUAGGUACGCCAAUCUGUAGAGCUGACUAGCUCUACUUUCUAUAGGUACGCCAAUCUGUAGAGCUGACUAGCU